AUGGGUCGUAAAAAAAUUAAUAAAUCUUAUAGAUAUUUUAAUCUUGAUGAAAAUAAUAAGACUUCAAAAUGUUUAGUUGCUGGAUGCGAAAAAGUUUUGAAGACCCUACAUGGUGCAAAUCUUUUAAAGCAUUUAAGCAAAUACCAUGAAAAAGAGUACAAGGAAGUAUUAUUGCUGAAUAAAGAAAAUUACAAUUUGUCUAAAAAACCCAGAUUAAGUACGCAGGAUAGUUUACUUCAGGAGUGUACAAAUUUAGUUACUGUUCACGGACGUCCAUUGACAUUAAUCGAUGAUCACGCUUUUCAAAAUAUUUUAUCUAUGAUACCCAAUAUUAACUUGGCGAUUAAUUCUCAAAAUGUACGAUGUACCCUUAAAGAUACUGCUGACCAAUUACGUUCAAAUUUAGCUAAUGAGGUGCGAAAUUUACCUAUAUGCCUCAAAGUGGAUGUAGCCUCCUUGUCGAAUCGUAGUUUUAUGGGAGUCAAUGCUCAGUAUAUUAAGGAUGGACAAAUUGUUCUUAGAAAUCUAGCAGUAAUUGAACUGUUUAAACGACAUACAUCUGAACAUUUAAAGGAAAGAUUGAUUUUCAUUUUGCGGCGAUUUAGAAUCCACAACAAGCAGGUUUAUUGUAUAACUACCGAUAAUGGUGCAAACAUACUAAAAAUGAGUAGAUUAUUUGCGGCCGAUACUAUUCAUAUUGAAAAUAACAACGAAAAUUAUAAUCCUGAAGAAGGCGAUCGAUUCAAUAGCAAAUUUAGUCAAUUAGAUGAUAUCACACAUUCUGAUUCUGAAUCGGACGCAGAUGAUGUCGAUCAUGAAACAGAAAAUGAUUUUAAUGACCAAAUAAUGCAAUCUAUAUUUAAUUUUCAAUUGAAUAUUGUAGAUGACGAGGAUAACAUUGCCAUUGCAGUAGUCAGAUGCGCUGCACAUACCCUACAACUCGCAAUGCAAGAUGUUUGCAAUGAUAAUGUUAUACAAAGCGUAAUAACCAGUGCCCGAAAUAUAAUAAAACGGCUUAGAACACCAACAUUCACUGUUAUUUUAAAAGAAAAAAGGAAGAAGAAACCUACAUUAGAUUGCUCCACGAGAUGGCAUUCUACGAUAGAUAUGGUUGAAAGUAUUUUAAACCUAAAAGAUAUAUGUGCAACAAGUGAACUCCUAUACUUACCUGAUGAGACCUGGAAUGAUCUAGAUUUAUUUUUGAAAUCUAUGCUUCCAGGAAAGAAGCUUACUAAAAUUUUGCAAAAAGAACAGCUUACUAUGGGUGAUUUUUAUAUCGAAUGGAUGAAAUGUCAAUUUGAACUGCAAAAAAUUAACACUCUGUUAGCUAGACAGAUUAUUUGUCACAUGAAACACAGACAAGAUGUUUUAUUUGACAAUAAUGCAUUCUUAAGUGCUAUUUAUUUAGACCCUAGAGUAAAUUCUACUCUCACAAAUGAACAGCAAAGUAUUGCACAAACCAAUUUAAUAAAUUUAUAUAUCCAUAUCCAGAAAAUGAAUUUACUAAAUCAGAAGAAUACACAUAUUUCUUCAAGCGUGGAAACGGAAAAUAUGCCAUCUACCUCAAAUGACAUACAAGCUGUAGGUUCAUGUCAGUGCUUGGAGGAUUUCUUAAAUUCUAGUUAUAUUGAAAAACAUGUACAUAACAUUUCAACUUUAGUAAGAAGGACCGAUCUAACUGGUGAAAUAACCAAUACUCUUAAAGCAUCAUUUAAAAUAUUUUUAGAAGAACCGCUUCUAAAGUCGUCGGAAAGUGUUUUGAAAUUCUGGGAGGAAAAACAGCUCAUAUAUCCACAACUUUAUCAAUUGGCGCGUGUUGCAUUAAGUGUACCAGCAACGCAAGUUAGUGUGGAACGACUUUUUUCAGCAUUAAAGUUCAUAGUUUCCAAUUUGAGGAUGAAUUUAAAAGACGAUAUUAUAGAAGAUAUUUUAUUUGUACGUUGUUACAAGUUAUAUCGUUAA